UGGAUUGACGCUCCAUCUUCUACCAUUGUGGACUAAGUGGAUUGAUUUGCUUUCUGUAUGCCUCUAGAUCAUAAAAAUAUAGUAGGGCAGAAUUUGGGCACCAAUGAGAAGCAAUCCAUAAUGUCAUAAAUUAUUGUAUGCAUAUUUUUAAAAAAGGUUAAUUAUUUAGGGGUGGUUGGAAAGAAUUAGUCAGCUGUGGAGGAAGAAUUUUAGUAUAAUCUGCGAAUUGUCCAUCCGUGAUGAUGAAAAUUAUAUACGCAACAAUAUCAUUUACCAAGCAUACGCCGGCCGGAUCACCAUUGACUCUUCGCUGCGAGAUUCUUUUUCCGCGUGGGUCGGAGGCCUGAGGCUUGUGCGAGGUUUGUCUGCCUCGAGAACCAGGUUUAGUCGGGCUCUAUUUUUAGCCUACCAGCCGCUCGUUUCCUGUUCUCUCUCAGAAGAACUCGAGAGAGAAGGGGAAAGAAAGAGAGGUGAGAGCUGAUCGUCGUCGUCGAUGGCAAAUGAAGUGGAAGUGCUGGUAUACAAGGAUCCGAAGCAGCCAGUGGAGGCGAGGGUUCGGGACCUGCUUUCUCGCAUGACACUGGCGGAGAAGGCCGGCCAAAUGGCCCAGAUCGAGCGGUCCGUCGCCUCCCCCGCUGCCCUCACCGGCCGCUCCAUCGGCAGCGUCCUCAACGCCGGCGGCAGCGCCCCGAGGAAGCGCGCCUCGGCCGAGGAGUGGGCCGACAUGGUGGACGAGAUGCAGAGCUGGGCCCUCGCCUCCCGCCUUGGCAUUCCCAUCAUCUAUGGCACCGACGCCGUCCACGGCAACAAUAACCUCUACGGCGCCACCAUCUUCCCCCACAACGUCGGCCUCGGCGCUACCAGAGAUGGAGAUCUCGCACGGAGGAUUGGAGAGGCCACGGCUUUAGAAGUCAGAGCAAGCGGCAUCCACUGGGCUUUUGCCCCUUGUGUGGCUGUCUGCAGGGACCCGAGAUGGGGAAGAUGCUACGAGAGCUACAGCGAGGACACGGAGGUUGUGCGGACCAUGGCUGCCAUCGUAGCCGGCUUGCAGGGAUCACCUCCUGAAGGGCACCCUGCCGGCUACCCUUUUCUUGCGGGAAGCAAGAAUGUGAUUGCCUGUGCCAAGCAUUUUGUUGGAGAUGGGGGCACGCACAAUGGGAGAAAUGAAGGAAAUACCAUUUGCACCUUUGAGGAGUUGGAGAAGAUUCAUCUGAGGCCUUACCUCGAUUGCCUUGCUCAGGGAGUUUCUACAAUUAUGGCUUCAUAUUCCAGCUGGAAUGGAAAACCAUUGCAUUCUAAUUGCAUUCUCAUAACAGAUCUUCUGAAGGACAAAUUGGGUUUUAAGGGUUUCGUCGUAUCAGAUUGGGAAGGUAUAGAUAGGCUCUCUCAGCCACAUGGGUUGGAUUACCAAUAUUGCAUUUCUGCUUCAAUUAAUGCUGGAAUUGACAUGGUUAUGGUGCCUCACAGAUAUGAAACGUUCCUAGAAGAUUUGAUAUUUCUGGUAGAAUCUGGGGAGAUACCUAUCUCACGGAUUGAUGAUGCUGUAGAGCGGAUCCUAAGGGUAAAAUUUGUUUCUGGACUGUUCGAGCAGCCUUUCUCAGAUCGAUCUUUGCUUGAUGUAGUUGGUUGCAAGGAACAUCGACUGUUGGCCCGUGAGGCAGUUCGGAAGUCUUUAGUUCUAUUAAAAAAUGGAAAGGAUCCAAAGAUUCCUUUUCUUCCUCUAAAUAGAGAUGCUAAAAGAAUUCUUGUCACUGGAAUGCAUGCUGAUGAUAUUGGAUAUCAAUGCGGGGGAUGGACUAUAACAUGGUAUGGAGGCAGUGGAAGGACCACGAUUGGCACAACUAUAUUAGAAGCCAUCAAGGAAGCAGUAGGUAAAGAAACAGAAGUGAUACACGAGCAACACCCAUCAGAGGCCACCUUUGCAGAUAAGGCAUUCUCAUUUGCGGUUGUCGUUGUUGGGGAGGCUCCCUAUGCAGAAUUUUUGGGAGACAGAACAGAGCUUGACAUCCCUUUUAAUGGUGCAGAAAUUAUCUCUUUUGUAGCAAAUAAAGUUCCCACCUUGGUGAUUGUGAUAUCUGGGAGGCCUUUGAUUUUUGAGCCAAAUUUGAUGGAGAAAAUAGAUGCUCUCGUUGCUGCCUGGUUACCAGGGACAGAAGGAGGGGGGAUAGCAGAUGUUCUUUUUGGAGAUCAUCAGUUUGAGGGCGUGCUGCCUGUGACAUGGUUCAAGUCAGUUGAUCAUUUGCCAAUAAAUGCUGGGCAUCAGAACUACGACCCCCUGUUUCCACUUGGAUUUGGUCUGAAAAUGAGCAUCAAUAAUGAAAGUUAUUUGUAGACUGGCCUCAAACUGUGCCAGGAUGAUAAUAUUAUGUAUUGUAUGAUUAUUAAGUACAUUUUUGCUUAUUGUUUAUCUUGUUACCCUUUUUUUCCAUUUAUAUAAGUGCCUGCUUGAUGAUCUUGGAGCAAA